CUAAGUACAAAUUUGUAAUCCUUAGUUUUCUACUUAACUACAUCUCAGUGGUAAACAUUGUAUUGUUCACUCCACUACACUUAUUGUAAUAAUUUAGAUGUUUUAUGCAAUAUGUGGUCUCCAGUGAAUAGAAGCAUCACAUAGUUUGAAAUCUGUAACUUUAAACAAAUAAAAACAUGUUCAGUACUGCAGACAUCUUUUCUCACUUUCAGAAUGGUUCACUUUCAAGUAUUUGCUUUUAAUUGUCCAUAAAAGGGAAAUACUGUACUUGUCAACUUGAGAGGUGAUUCAAAAUGUAAUUGUUUGACAUUCAUACAUUACACUUUAGUGUAUUUAAAAGACAACAUGCCAUCAAACCUGUUGGCAGUUUGUAGCUCAGAGGUCAUGAUGUAUUGUUUCAUCAUGGCGUUGAUGUUUUUACUCCUCAAAAUGAAACUUAGCAACCAUAAACUAUUCAGUCUCUAUCAGUAUCAGAUUGAAUCCGAAGCGGUGCAGCCUGACUGACAGGUUUCUGUAACCGCUGGAAUAAACGGAGUAGGUGAACAGAGGCAUUGUUAGGUUUCAUUGUGAGGAUGAAAGACAAUUUAAAAUGCUAUGAUGACCAUUAAAAUGGUGAUUUUUCAUUUUGUCACGACUCGUAUGGAUUUUGACUUUUGUUUUUUUCCAGUUGAGUUACAACGAAUGUUUAUCGUAAAUUACUUGCAUGGCCUCUUGUUGCCAAUCUUCACAAGUGAAAUGAACGAUUUCCUGGAAAUCCUUUAAAGCAUUUCUCGUAAACGAUACUGCUGCAAGACAAUAAGAGACGAUGGUGAAACGCAUCCUAAAUCCCUCCCUUUUGUGCCCCUAUAUGACUCCUAUAGGCUAAACAUACUCAACGUUUUGACAUCCUACAGGUUGAUGGAAUUCUACCCUCGUAGCUUGGGUGUAGCUCGGGGCUAUAAAAACUCCAACUACCUUUCAGUUAGUUACUGAUGCAUUACACGAAGACAUCAGAGACGUGCGCAUCGUAAGAAAAAGGUAAGAGAUCUUUUCUUUUCACUAGUGUUGUAAGUCUCUGUCUUUACACAAGCUGUGGCUUACACAUCCCAGUGUUUGCAGCAGGAAAGAGUCCCCUCACAGCGAUCAGCGGUCUAGAUGGAUGUUGUGAUUGUGCAUCACAUUGAGAUCGUGUGUUCAUUGUUUGAGAUAGAAGACAAACUACUUCUCUCAUUUCUCUCAUAUGAAGUUGUUUAUUUUCUACUAUCAGUGUCUCAAAAUAUCUUGUACAAGGACUUCUUCUGUUUGGAACAGCCUCCCAGAAAAAGAUGAAGUCUGAUAUGAACACAUUUUAUACAGCAUGAUGCAAUUGGCCAUAGAACAUAUAUAUAUAUAUACUUUAUCUGUAAUUUGUAGAAUCUUGUGAUGCAUGACAGGAAUUCACACGAGACUUGGAAUGUGAAUUUUCCAUCCAAGCAGUGAUAUUGAUUACUCAUUCAUACAGUCUGCCGUUUGUUUUUUGCUACUUUCCUUCCUGACUUUGACUGCUGCAGCUGUGUUGUUUUAAGCCUGUAUUUUAUUGUAAAGUUGUCAUAUUGGUUUAAGCUUACAGCUGUGUGGCCCUCUUUAAGACAUGAGUCAACCCACUUAGUGCUUUGAAUGAUGUUUUUAUGCUCAGUUUUCUCUUUGAUUGUUUAAUACUGCAGGGUUGCAGCAUGCCAGAAGUUAAUGUGUGUGCAGUACAUUCUUUUAGUAGAAUGUACAAUUUCUAUUUAUAGUCGGAUCUUCUCAUACGUGAAUAAUUUGCUUGUAGUAUUGAUAAAUCUGUUAAUUUUUUUGAUUUCACAUAUACAUUUUUUUUUUCAACUUUCCCUCCUGAUUCAGUAAUCCUGACUAUGAUUAAGUUUAGUGAAGCCAGAUAACAAAAAGAUACCUUGGAUAUGUUGAGCCUGCUGCCUCUGUUCUAUACAGGUAUAGGCAUGAGUGUGAGAGAUCAGGACCUUCUAUUGCUGCUAAGAUUCUCUGAGAAGUCAUUUGGCAUGGAAAUGUUGCCGAUUUCUCACAACAGUUCUUGUUUUUACCUCAUGUCUUUUGUGAAUUUGUCAGAUAAGAAUGCAGUUAUAAAAAGAGUAGUUAAUGGGCUGUGUUUGACUCAAUGUUUCAUACUCGUUCUGAACAGCAGAAGUAUGUAGAGUUCAGCUGUACUGAAAUGAAAAGAGAAGCAAACAGAUAAUGGUGGUGGAGCCCUGAAGGACUACAGGCGAUAUGAAAACACCUCAACUGUGAAGGAAAAUUUACUCCCUCUCCCCCUACUGAGGUAUUCCUUGUGGCUGCUAGCUGACAUCAUCCUAAAUUAUGUUCAGACAGGCAGACACUGUAGGAGGAAGUUAUGCUGGGAUUCUCUAUGGUCAAGGUUUGAUAUUGUCGAUUCUGACAGGAAUCUUUGCUCUGAACGAGUAAAAAUGGAUUUUCACCAUAUGGGACCUUUAAGAUCUGUUUUGCUUUUAGAAAAGUCCAAAGUCGCUAAUUUCUUUCUUCUACUUCUGUUUUUAGCAUUUCUCAAGGUCCCAUCUGAGAGUCCCAGAUGGCAAACGGACCAGCCCUGUCCACUGCUAGAGGUGGGGCAAAAUAUGUGUGGAAUGAAAUCGGAGAUUCCCUCUCGUUGUUGGAUGUUGUGCAUCCAAAUCAGUUUGAAGGGCAGUCAUUGGAUCCCACACUCAUUGAGCAGACAGAGGUCAACUUUUACAGAGGGGCCCCACCUAAGUGGUUAAACUUUCACAUUAGUGAAGUGGAAGCGAAAGCCAAUAGAGCUCCUUUCAUUAAACGAGAUGGAUAUGACACACUGAAGGAUAAAAUUCAGAAAAGUAGAAAACUCCCUGGAAUAUCCAUUGUGAAGCUAUUCCACCAGCCAGGAUGUGGGGGAACUACAAUGGCCAUGCAGUUGUUGUGGGACUUCCGAAAAACCUUCAGGUGUGCUGUCCUGACCGGCUCACUCUCAGACAUCACAGAUGUAGCAACGCAGGUGGUGAGCCUUUUCACAGCAGGCAGUCGAGGCCAUCAGAACACUGUUCUUCUGUUAGUGAAUGACGAGCAGAAAUUAGAAGAUCUCCAAGAGUCCAUAAUGAAAACAAUUGCUGAACAGGAAAUAGUUACCCGUAUGCCUGUGGUGACUUUACUCAGCUGCGUGAGAAAAGAUGUAGUUCUACAGAAUGACCAAGUCGUCCUGAAGACAGAGCUCUCCGAUACAGAGAAGCAAAAAUUUAAUGAGAAGAUGGAGGAGCUCAAAAAAAGUACGGUCAAAAAUACAACCAGUUACACGGCUUUAGCAUCAUGCAAACUAACUUCUCUCAAGCCUACAUCAAGAAAGCAUGCACAGUGUUCAGAACAGUCCGAAAAGCAAAACGACCACGGAAGAACCAGCUUGCUGCCUUCCUCUCCCUGCUCAACGCUUACGUUCCAGGUUCAUAUCUCCUCGAAUCUCAGUGCCUGGACUUCCUCAAACAUGAAGAUGACGGUUCACUGGAUGAUCAAAUGGAGCCUUUUAGUAACCUCAUGAUUACCUUCCAACAAGAUGAAAGAUCAGAAAAAAAAGUCCGCAUGGUUCACCCUGCAUUAGCCAAGCACUAUACAGAACUGUUGUCAGAGGGAGGUGUGACCAGAAGUGAC